UUUACCAACCGAAGAAGAAGAAGAAACAGGAAGAGGAGGCGCGGCCCUCGCAGCAUCAGCUGACUCCUCGGCUGUUAUUAUUCUAAGCUCCUGCGGUUCGGUUCGGUUCGGUUCGGGCAUCCGAACCAGCAGACCCAAUCCCUCCCUCCUCUUCCUCAGCAUGGCCUUCAUCACCGCUAACUGGAACCCGCUGGGAGACGCCUUCUACCGGAAGACAGAACUUUAUGAGAUGUUCUGGAGCCUUCGGGACGGACUGGGAGACAGCCUGGUGGCUGCAGCGCCCUAUGGAGGUCCAAUCGCUCUCCUCAGAGAACCUCUCAGACGUUCCACCAGUUCCCGUCCCCAGUUGGACAUCUACUCGGCCUCAGGAGUGUCCAUCACCAGCUUCCCUUGGAAGAGCGGUCCGGUGGUCCACCUGGGUUGGUCCGUCAAUGACGAGCUCCUAUGUGUUCAGGAGGACGGGACAGUCCUGAUCUACGACCUGUUUGGGACAUUCAAGAGACACUUCAGCAUGGGACAGGAAGUGGUCCAGAGCCAGGUUCUGGAGGCCAAGGUCUUUCACUCUCCCUAUGGAACUGGCGUUGCCAUAGUAACAGGCUCCUCCCGCUUCACCCUGGCGACCAACAUCGAGGACCUGAAGCUCCGCAGGUUACCUGAGGUCCCAGGUCUCCAGGGGAAGCCGUCCUGCUGGGUGGUCCUGACCCAGGACAGACAGACCAAAGUCCUGGUGUCCAGUGGAGCUGAACUCUAUGUCCUGGACAACACCUCCUGCACUGCUGUGUACCCCCCAGGUCUCAGUCCUCAGGCUGGCAGCAUCGUCCACAUGGCCGUCUCCUUCAGCUAUAAGUACCUGGCUCUGUUCACGGAGGCGGGACACCUGUGGACCGGCCUGUCCAACCUGCAGGAAAGACUGAGCGAAGUGGACAUCAAAAGGACAGCUCCGCCCACACAGAUGGUCUGGUGCCGCAGGCCCAGGUCCCAGCAGCCCUCCGUGGUCCUGAUGUGGGACAGACUCCUCCUGGUGGUGGGAGCGUGUAACGACACCAUCCAGUUCCCCAUGGAGGAGCGCUCGGUGUUGGUGGGGGAGCUGGACGGCGUCCGGAUCAUCGCUCCCUGCAGCCAGGAGCUGCUGCAGGAGGUUCCUCUGGUCUGCCAGGACAUCUUCAAGAUCGCCUCCAUGGCUCCUGGAGCGCUGCUGCUGGAGGCCCACCGCGAGUACGAGAAGUCCAGUCAGAAGGCGGAUGAGUACCUGAGGGAGAUCAAGGAGCAGGACGUCCUGGGAGACGCCGUGCGGCAGUGUGUGGAGGCAGCGGCGCACGAGUACGACCCUGACACCCAGAAGGCUCUGAUGAGGGCGGCGUCCUUCGGCAAGUGUUUUCUGACGGACUUCAGUCCGGAGCAGUUCGUGGUGACCUGCAGGGAGCUGCGGGUGCUGAACGCCGUCAGGGACAGCAGCGUGGGGAUGCCGCUCACUCACACUCAAUUCAAACAGAUGACCCUACAGGUGCUGAUAGACAGGUUGGUCUACCGGCAGUUCUACCCGUUGACCAUGGAGGUCUGUCGCUACCUGAAGAUUCCAGACUACCAGGGAGUCAGCCGAGUCCUGAAGCACUGGGCCUCCUGCAAGGUCCAGCAGAAGGACCUGACGGACGAGGCCAUCGCUCGAGCCGUCUGCUCCAAGGUGGGAGACUGUCCUGGGGUGUCCUACUCUGACAUCGCAGCCAAGGCGUACGAGUGUGGCCGUCCUGAGCUGGCCAUCAAGCUCUUGGACUAUGAGGCCCGUUCUGGAGAACAGGUUCCUCUGCUGCUGAAGAUGAAGAGGAGCCAGCUGGCCCUCAGCAAGGCGGUGGAGAGCGGCGACACCGACCUGGUGUACACCGUGGUGACCUACCUGAAGAACGAGAUGAACCGAGGAGAUUUCUUCAUGACCCUGAGGAACCAGCCGGUGGCCCUCAGCCUCUACAGACAGGUGGGCUCAGCAGAACCAGAAGGUGUAGGAGGUCCUGGCUGGUAUCCAAACAGGAAGAUGGACCAGAUCCCAGCUCAUCCAUGGUUCCUCCCCUUCAGGUUCUGGUGGCUGAAGCUAAAGUCUCUGGCUGAGAAGGAGCAGUGGGAGGAGCUGGAGAAGUUCUCCAGGAGCAAGAAGUCUCCUAUUGGUUACCUGGCCUUCGUGGAGGUGUGCAUGAAGAACAACAACAGACAUGAGGCCAAGAAGUACGUCAGUAAGGUCACACCUGAGCAGAAGGUCAAAGCUCACCUGGCUGUCGGGGACCUGGAGGGGGCCGCAGACGCAGCCAUCGAGCGCCGCAACGACUCGGAGAUGGGGGCGGUCCUGUCCAGAUGCUCCGCCUCCGACCGCCUGCUGAUGGACAGGUUGACCCGCGCCCGGGCCGGCGCUGCCAGGAAGUGAUGUCACUGAGGAAGCUGCCUGUGGUUGGCUGAGGACUCUUCCUGUCUGAAUAAAGUGGAUCAGAACACGGGCUCCUGGAGCUGGCAGAGCGCCGGCCCGGUUCCCGAUGUUUGGGUUUAAAGACUGGAUGUUCUAUAAUAAAAGUUCUGUUUGUGACCCAGAUUGGUUACAGCUGCGGUUCUGGUGGAUUUGGGUCUAUGAAAGCAUGUCGCUAUGAAUAAAUGAGCUUUUAAAGAAGGGGAAGGUUGGUGCUGAUCUGGUCACUAAGCAACCAGGACUCUGGUUACCAUGGUAACCAUGGGUUUUAGGGAGAAGCGUUCUGGACCGGCUUCCAGUCCAAACGGGUCCGUUAGUCCUGGAUUGUUGUGACUCCAUCAGAGCAGCUGGAUACGAUGUUCAUCCAGGUAAACAGGAAGCCACCAGGUGAGAU